GCGUGUUCAGAUUCAAAUAGUGUAUUAUUACGCAUUUUGAUUUCUGUGGUUCUGGGCUAACUAUCCGAUAAUCUUUUAUUUGACUUUUAUUUUGCAAGUGUCUGUAGCAUUAUAAGAGUGCUUUCUUUUCGCACUUAAAGAAAUUAAGGCCAAAAUUUUGGACUAUUUUAUACGCCAUUUUGCGGAAGUUUUGACCACCGCCAUGGGUGAAAAUACCGCUUACAGAAAUGGAACUUGACAGAAAAUUAUUACAAUUUUCUCCUGUUAUAUGUUGUUGUUCAAAGUCCAAUUAAUACAACGAAAUAAUAUUUUGUGAAUGUAAACAAGCUAGAUCCCUUCUAAGUGUCAAACGAGCCCUCUACUCUGAUAAAUACACCUGUAAACAUUGAGAUUUGAGGGUUAAAAAUGGGGAAGUUAUUAUCCAAAAUAUUUGGUAACAAGGAGAUGAGAAUUUUAAUGCUGGGUCUUGAUGCUGCUGGAAAAACAACUAUUUUAUACAAAUUAAAACUAGGACAGUCGGUGACGACGAUACCAACAGUAGGAUUUAACGUAGAAACUGUAACUUAUAAAAAUGUCAAAUUUAAUGUUUGGGAUGUUGGAGGACAAGAUAAGAUACGACCAUUGUGGAGGCAUUAUUAUUCUGGAACACAAGGACUUAUAUUUGUAGUAGAUUGUGCCGAUCGUGACAGAAUAGACGAGGCGCGACAGGAGUUACAUAGGAUUAUAAACGAUAGAGAAAUGAGAGACACUAUUAUACUUAUAUUUGCUAAUAAACAAGAUUUACCAGAUUCAAUGAAACCACAUGAAAUUCAAGAAAAAUUAGGAUUAACACGUAUACGUGAUAGAAAUUGGUAUGUUCAGCCAUCAUGUGCUACGUCAGGAGAUGGACUUUACGAAGGACUGACUUGGUUAACAUCCAAUCAAAAGUCUUGACCCUAGUCAUUCAAAUUAGUGCACUGCAGCUUCAUCCAGAAUGGGCCAAACACAGGAAAAGACUGGCUGAAAAAGGCCGCCUACAUUUCUCAAUUCUAUCUAAAGUGCUGUUUUGUUGUAAAUUUUUGCUGAAGAAUUAUCUGAUUAUGUAUGAUGAUAAUGUAAAGAAUGGAAUGUUUCCAAUGACACAUGUAUACAUUUAGAAAUGGAGGGAGUUUUCUCAGCGUUAGUGGUUAUGUAUGUUGAGGUUGAGAGACUGUUGAAUGGAGCCACCCCUUUGCUGCAGAUUAUUAUUCAUUUAAAGAAAAUUUUAACAUUAUAUUUUCUUCAUUUUUAUUUAGCUUGUAUAUUUUAACAAAUAAGCUUUUUCCUCUUUCCAAUAUGUCCAUGUAUCAUGCAUAUAUUUCUCAAAAGUAACAGUCAUAGCAUUCUGACUUAUUUAAUACUUAUUGAUGACCACUUUGGUUAAUAAGUUGAACACUUCAGUAACUGUCAUGACUAUUCAAUUUAAAAGUCAUGGCCAUCUUUCAAGAUGAUCCUUUAUUAUAUUAUGAUUUUCAAAAUUAUAGGGUUCUCAUUAAGUUCUUAUUAGUGUCAGAAAGAACAUUUUAUGGCCAUAAAAACAAUUUUCAUUGAAGAGCUUUGAUAAAAUGAUGGAACAAAAUGCUUUGGAAUUAGCUGGCUCAUGAUGUAUAUAUAAUGUUGAAAUACCCAUGCAUACCUCUAGAAUUUCAUUUUGCUUAAAAAGAUGUCCAUAUUGAAUGCCUGAUUGUCAUAAAACAUACAUGUAGACCUAUAUUUAUAGAUGAGUUUACAAUGCAGUUUCCUUCAUCCUUUUGAUAUAAGGAAACGUUCAGAUCUUCAAAUUUUCUGUGGAAUUGGAUUUUGGUUAUACAUGUAAAUGAAUAAAGAAUUUAUUAUAGAAAAAAACUUAUCUCUAUAAGUUCAAUUUCUGCCUUCAUUCAACAGUUUAAUGAUAAAAUAAAUUCAAAAUUUUGGUUUAUUUUUACAACUUUGACAGUACACUGAAUAUAAUUGUGUGACACAUAAACUAAAAUUGAAACGGGCCCUUAUUGAUAUUUUUUUAGUAUUUCCGAAAUAAUCUUCAUUUUGUUUUACAGCUAUAUUGAUAAUGAGUUCUCUAGAUGAUGAGAAAUAACACACAAACAAAUGUACCUCCUAUUUAAAUGUAAUGUCUCUUAAAACAUUCAUAUUUGUAUUAAUCUACAGUUUAACAAAGUUUACAGACUUAUUUAAAAGUUGUUUAAGUGGAGAAGCUUUUUGUUGAUGUACAUAUUUUUUUUUAUAUUUUUAAUAUGCUGUAUAAAGCAAUGUUUCUGUUUUAAAUUGUUAUAGUUUGAAAGAUCUAUUUGUCAUCAGAGCUAAGUGGAGUAAUGGCAUACAUGUAGUUGUACAUUUGGAUUGACAUACAUAAGUCAUACACUUUCUUACAAAUGAAGAAAUUAUGUUUAAUUGUUUGUAAAAUUGUAAUUGUGCAAUCUGAACUCUCAUUUUAUUGUUAUAAUAAAUGUGUGAUUAAUUCUUUAUACAGUUGAACCACAGGUAUUCAAACAAAAUUCAGCAUUUGCUUUACAUAAUCAUUUAAAAGUAAGAAUUACACACGUAUAUUAGUCAGUACAACUAACUAGAGAGGUUUGAGUAGCUGUGGUUCUACUGUAGAUCUCUUGCUCAGUAGGUAGCAACAAAUUUAAGCCUUUCCUUGUAUGUAUAAAUAUUAAAAAAGAUAUUGGUUGAAUUAACGAGAGACCUCAAGUACAUGCAUGUAGUGUUCAAAUCCAAAUUUCUGGAUAUAAUUUAAUUUAAUAGUUGUUGAAUUAUUAAGACUGUGUGUAGGCUAUUCAAAUGAACAAUAUCUCUGUAUUUCAAUUUUAAUUUUUUUUUUAAAUAUUAUUUGACCAUUCUCAUUUCUGUUUAAGUUAGAAUUAUAAUUGUAAAAAUUAAUAUAUUCAAUUUAAAUAUGUUUAAACAAAAAAUUGUGUCGCGUUAAUUAUUCAGGGUAUACAUUACCUGGUGCUGAUUUAUCAUGUGAUGUAGAAAUUUCAUUAACAUAAGGAUAUAAGAAGUUUUCUAUAGUUACCGUUUACAAAGUCUAAAUAAAACCUUCCAGUGUUUAAAAGUAACUGUGUCUGUUUAGGAGUCACUCGUCUAACUUGAAAAGUAAAUCUCCAAUUUCAAAAAUAGGUCAAACUUUUUAGGAUUUAAAAGAACAUAUUUUUUUUAAAUAUUUAAAGUAACUUUUGAGUAAAUGGGAUAAUCAGUCAAUAUCAGUUUUAAAAAAAUGUCCAAAGACUUAUUGGACUAACGAUUGUAUUUAACUGGUGUUUUAAGAUAGUGUUAUUGUUUACUCUUAAGAAAUAAACCAGAUUUUUUCAGUUCCUACUUCUUUAUUUGACUGGUUUCUUGUUGAAAAUUAUGAAAUUAUAGGAACAGUAAAACAUAUCUUAUUAAUGUUAUAAUCAUGAUUAAUAAAAACAUUGAGUUUGAUCAAAUAUAGUAAGAUAAUAUAACAAAUAAGUAGAAUUACCUUUUAGCUUGAUGUAUGAAAAGUUUUAACAUUUAAUUCAUUGACAAUUUAUAUUGAAUGAAAGCUUAUUUGCUUAUAUUGAAUCUGUUGAUUAAUUAUGUGAAUGUUUUAUAUGAAUGAUUUGCUUCAAAAUACUUCCAUUCUCAAGACAAAUUAUGUAAAGCACUUUCAUUUAUUAUUUAUAUUUAAAUGCCUUUAGAUUACUUAAAGUUGAUAAACAAUUAUUUAUUAAGGCAUAUAUUUAGGGGAAAAUAUAUAUCUGGUAAUUUUGUUUUUAAUUUUUAAAUUUUUGCAAUAUCUACUCAGUUUUAGUUUAUUUAUUUUGCAUACUUCAUUUAUAAAAAAUAUUGAUAUAAAGAGAUGAUAAUUACAGAUCAAUUUUUCAUUCAACCACCUUUAGUGAUAUUUUUUUAUAGGAAUGAAUCGUAAUUUAUCCUUGAGGUGAAACACUUUGAAUCUUUGUCAGAAAAAUGUUGAUUUUGUUUAUACAAAAGUUAUGUAACGAAGUAAUAAAACUUUGGAUAAUAUUUAGUAAAAGACAGACUAUAGUAAUUGAAAGAAAAUAUUUCUGAUAAAAGUUUGAAAAGUCAAAAUGCACAUUUUGUAUCCUAAUGGAAGUAUUCAAAAACAUGUGAAAUUAAGACUGUGCAUAGUUUUAUAUGGUGACCAAUAGCCUAAUAUUUUUACUGUGCAUUUAUUUUGUUUUUAUUGUUAUAUAGUCAGUUUCCGUGAAGGGGAGACAAAUCUUGUUAUAUUCAGUAAAACACUUGAAUUCUGGUAAAACCGUGUAUAAUGAAAGUAUGCAAAUGUUAUUAAAUAAGUAUAACAUGAUACAAAACCAAA